GUGUGUGUGGCAUCACUGUAGUGUUUCAUUCUGUGCAUCAAACCUAGUGAGCAUCACUGAGGCAGCUCACUGGGUUUUGAGACACGGCCCUGCGCUGCAGUUCCAGUGUGUGGUCCACAGGGGGCGUUAGGACCAGCGUUCACUGCGCGUCUCAGCUGGGUUCAGUGCUGCUCAGAUACGCGUUCAUCAUCAUCAUCAUCAUCAUCAUGUCUUCGGCGGAUCACACAGUCAUGCACGGCAUCUGGGGCAGUCAGGCGCCCGCGGGGAAGGCGAUGGAGACGCCGAAGAACAAGGGCUUCAGCCUGAUCAGGAUGAUGUCUCUGAAUUACAGGAAGGAGAACAAGAAUCUACAGCAGCAGCAUCACAACAACAUGCCCUUUAUGAUUCACUGCCACAUCGGCAAAGAGAUCAAACACAUAUGCAGCAACUGCAGCCGCGGCAGCCACGCGCAGCACGCGGAGGAGGUGGAGAACCUGGCCUCCAUUCACUCCGAGUCCCUGGUGUCCGGAUCGCACUGCAGGAGCAGGUUUGCCUCUCUGGGACGCCUCUUCAAACCCUGGAAGUGGAGGAAGAAGAAGAGCGAGAAGUUCAUGCAGAGGUCAACAGCUCUGGAGAGGAAGAUGUGUGUGCGUCAGAGCCGAGAGGAGCUGAUCAAGCGAGGAGUGCUGAAGGAGAUCUUUGAGAGAGACUCCAGAGCGGAGAACGGACUGCCGUCUGACUGUGAGCGGACCGCUGAGGACAGACUGAGGACCGUCGCCAUUGAGUUCCGCGCGGCUCUGGACGGAGGAGUAUGUGCUCAGGACAACACGCUCAAGUCGCUCACGCUUCCUCCCAAGAAAACAGUCACCUUCCCCAGUGACCUUCAGGAAACACCGGCCAAACCUCAGCUCAUCCACUUUGUUCUGCUGCGUCCAGCUCUCUUUCUCCUCAGAGUUAGCAGGACAGUAGAGGCUCAUGGGACAGAUGAUGUUCCUCAUGUUUCUAAUGGUGAUGAACGCUUUGUUCUCUCAGUCGCCAUUGAGUUCCGCGCGGCUCUGGACGGAGGAGUAUGUGCUCAGGACAACACGCUCAAGUCGCUCACGCUUCCUCCCAAGAAAACAGUCACCUUCCCCAGUGACCUUCAGGAAACACCGGCCAAACCUCAGCUCAUCCACAAACAGCCUCCCGCCCUGCCGCCCAAACCCUUCUCCAGACUGACCAAUCACAGCACAGACUCGUGUCAGCCGCUGAAGGUGUCGUGUCUGCAGGGAAAGCCGUCUCCUCCUCUGCCUCCUAAGAAGCUGAUGCUGUACUCGUCCUCGGCCACACCGCUCUCGUUCUCUCAGUACAGUCACCCGUCGAACCGUAUCAUCGACGAGCUGCAGAAGGCGCUGGCGCUCGCCAUGCAGAGACUCGACAGACAUGGAGAGACCACCUUUCAGAUGUUAUUUUAUGGUUGUGUGUGUGUGUUGUGUCCAGACUCGUGUCAGCCGCUGAAGGUGUCGUGUCUGCAGGGAAAGCCGUCUCCUCCUCUGCCUCCUAAGAAGCUGAUGCUGUACUCGUCCUCGGCCACACCGCUCUCGUUCUCUCAGUACAGUCACCCGUCGAACCGUAUCAUCGACGAGCUGCAGAAGGCGCUGGCGCUCGCCAUGCAGAGACUCGACAGCUCUGCGGUUCACGCGGGUCAGUACAGCACUCCACUCCGGGCCGUGGUGAUCGACUGUGACGAUGAUAAAGAGAACAUCCCCAACGAGUCUGACUAUGAGGACUUGCCCAGCAUGUAUAAGGAUGAAGAGCAGGAGGAGGAGGAUGACGACGAUGACGACGAUUCGCUCUUUACAAGCACUCUGGCGCUGAAGAUCCUGAGGAAGGAUUCUCUGGCGGUGAAGCUGAGUAACAGACCGUCUCAGAGAGAUCUGCAGGAGAAGAACAUCUUACCUGUACAGACAGAUGAGGAGCGACUGCAGUCCAGACAGCUCAUCGGCACCAAACUCACACGGAGACUGAUUCAGAGACCCACGGCUGAAGAGCUGGAGCAGAGGAACAUCCUCAAACCUCGUAAUGAGCAGGAGCAGAUGGAGGAGAAGAGAGAGAUCAGACGCCGACUCUCACGCAAGCUGAGUCAGAGGCCUACAGUGGAGGAGCUGCGACACGCUAAGAUACUGAUCUGCUUCUGUGAUUACGUGGAGGUGGCAGAUGCUCAGGACUACGACAGACGCACCGACAAACCCUGGACGAGACUCACAGCGGCCGACAAGGCCGCCAUCAGGAAAGAGCUGAAUGAUUUCAAGAGCAAUGAGAUGGAGGUGCACGAGUCCAGCCGCCAUCUGACCAGGUUUCACCGGCCGUAGAGGAGCACCGCUGAUGGACUCGUCACGAGCUGGAUGCCUUCAGCAGAACUCCACCACCAGACUGCGAUCAUCAUCAUCUUCAUCAUCCUCAUCCUCAGAUCAGCGGAUUCUCAGGCUGCCAGCAGGGCACUGUUGCACUGACUGCAUUCACACGCAGCUUUGGUGAAACACGAGCGCUUUUACAAACGGGCCGAUCCCGUUGUUUACAGGAUCACCCGCUGCUGCUUCAUCCUGGGUUUCGUUCAUUGUCCACGGCACACUCAUCUACAGGAGGAUCUUUAUAUGAAGCGUUUCAUUCAUCAUGUGAAUCUGCAGGGCCUGAGAGCCUCAUUUCUUAAUGCAUUUUUCUCAUUUCACCUCUGAUAUUGUCGAAGGCGCUCUCUCACGUGUGUGUGGAUGUUGAUUGUUUUAAGUUAUUUUUAUACCAUUUUUCUAGAGUUGCUUCACAUCAUUUGCAUUCUUUUUUUGUCAUGCAAAUGAAGCUUUCUUCAUAAUGCCUGUCAGCAAAUGUCCUGAAGGCCAUCGUCAUGUUUUAUUCAUGUUUUUCCUUUUUCUUUUUUGUUUUAUACAAUGUGUUUUUUGAGUAAAAUGCUGCAUUUUAACAUCCUUUCUCACUGU